AUGAAUAUACACAAGGUUGCUCGACUUUCAAACUACUAUAGAAAUGAAACUAUUCCUCAAGCUCUCGACUCUGCUUCAGCAACAGCCAAUGGUUUGGCACGCGGCGAAUUCGACUCGAUUGAGUCUGCUCUUGAAUCAUUUCGUCAGGGUGAAUUCCUUGUUGUUGUUGAUAAUGAAGAUCGCGAAAACGAAGGUGAUUUGAUCAUUGCUGGAGAAGAUUUUACACCUGAAAAAGCAGCAUUUAUGAUUCGAUACACGAGUGGUUUGAUUUGUGCACCAGCUACUGGUGAAGUUUUAGAUCGCUUAAAACUCCCUCUUAUGGUUGAAAACAACAACGAGUCUCUUAGAACUGCCUAUACGGUAUCCACCGACGCUUUGCAUGGUGUUACUACGGGAAUCUCUGCUGCAGAUCGAUCUUUGACUAUUCAAAACAUGGCGAAUCCAUCUGCUAGCCCGUUUGAAUUCUCACGACCUGGACAUGUAUUCCCAUUACGUGCUGUGCCAGAAGGUGUUUUAAAACGUGUUGGACACACUGAAGCUGCUGUAGACCUGUGCCGACUGACAAAAAAACAGCCCGUGGCUGCUAUUUGCGAAAUUGUAUUGGAUGAUGGCAAAAUGGCUCGCAGAGACGAUUUACGUGUUUUUGCUUCCAGAUUCUCACUGAAAAUGAUUACAAUCAAAGAUCUUGUGGAAUACAGAAUCCGUCAUGGCGUGUGA